AUGGUGGGCUGGGCUCUAGGUCAGGAGUGGAUCUGUGUUGUGCUUGUUGAGAAUAUUCCAGAAGAUCUGUCCAUUCCAUAUAAGGACACAGUUUCACUGGCCGCUGGUCUCCAUGAGCUUUUGGAUCAAGCACAUCGAUCUGUUGAGAUCGUGUCACCAUGGUGGGCACUGAACUCUACUGAGUAUGAGUCAAAACCUCCCCAGGCCAAACAGGGUCAGAUCUUACUCCAUCAGUUGAUGAGUCUGCAGUCUAGGUCAGUCAGUUUGAAGGUGGUCAGUGGACUAACUAAUUCCUCAGAGCUCAAGGCACUCACUCAGAGUGGUGCAGAAGUGCAUUACCUGAACAUGAAAGCCCUCAUUAAAGGUCAGCUCAACUCCUCCUUCUGGGUGGUGGACAGGAAGCACAUGUACAUAGGAAGUGCUGGCAUGGAUUGGAGGUCACUGUCUACGAUGAAGGAGUUGGGCAUCAUUAUUUAUAACUGCAGCUGUCUGGUGUUGGACCUGCACAAGAUAUUCAGCCUCUACUGGCAACUGCAGUAUAAAGAUUUUUUGCCAUCAAUAUGGUCCAAGAAACUGAACGCUCUGUAUAACAGAGACAACAACCUUCAACUACAUCUGAAUGACACUGAAGCAAAAGCAUACUAUUCAAGUUCUCCAGAUGUUUUCUGCCCAAAAAAAUGGACGAAAGACCUCGAGGCCAUUAACAGAGUCAUUCAAGAGGCUGAGACAUUUAUCUACAUCUCCAUAACCAACUAUCUACCAAUGCUCAACCGCAGCCAACCCAAGUACUGGUCACGCAUUGACAACAUGCUCCGAGAAGCCUUGAUUCUGAAAAAAAGCAUUGAAGUACGCCUGUUAAUAAGCUGUUGGGAGCAGACUGAUCUGCUGACACUGAACUUCCUGUGGUCUCUCAAAGCACUGUGCACAGAUUCAGUCCGCUGCUCAGUGGAGGUGAAGUUCUUCAUUCCACAGAAGCAGAGCAAUGGAGAUCUCUAUGGAAUGAAUCACAACAGAUACAUGGUGACAGACAGAUCUGUGUAUAUAGGGAAUUUAAACUGGGUGGGCAACGAGUUUGUCUACAGCGCCGGUGUUGGUGUGGUGAUCAGUCAGCAGGUGGAGCAGAACAACUCGACUGUGGUUGAACGGAUGAAAGCUGUCUUUGAACGAGACUGGCAUUCCCACUACAGUAAAACUCUCCAGCCAAACAAGAUCCCAGCGUGCAGCAUGCACACGGUCAAAGAGCAGCCUGCGGCAAGCCAUUCUCUCUGAAAACAUGUUUGAA